UCGUCUCUUAGGGGAAGUCCUUCUAUUUGACAAUAGCAUAUAAAACCUAGCAGCCUACCAAGAUAACAGCAUAGUAGUACACUUGCACUGCCAACUCGUCGUUAAAGAUGCAAAGUGGCAACCCUAGACCUCAGUUUGCUGACUGGCUGAUAGCACAGGUGCACACCCAGCAAUACACCGGGUUAUGCUUCGUGGGUGAAAACAUGUUUAGAGUCCCGUGGAAACACAAUUCUAGGAAGGACUGCAGCGAGGAUGACAGUAGAAUAUUCAGGGAAUGGGCAGUGGUUAGUGGUAAAAUCCAUGAAAAUCCCAAUGACAAGGCAAAGUGGAAGACCAACUUCCGCUGUGCGCUGAACAACCUGAAUAAACGCUUCAAGAUGAUUCAUGAUCACUCCAAGGACUCUGAUGACCCACAUAAAGUCUACCAGAUCAUCAACAAUCAGUAUGACUAUGAGAGACAAAAAAAUGAGCAAGUCACCAUAGAGGACGAUGGGGUUGACAUCUACUGCUCUCUCACCCCUACAGAUUUCCACCUUCCAGACAUGGAGCUCGAUCAGCUCAAUUUGAGUAACCUGAAACUGGACCCCUUUGAUCUGAACAACCAUCACACAGAGGAUUAUAUAAAUCCACCCAACCCAGUGGUACUCAAUGACUGCUACCCCAUCCAGCCUCUUCCAAAGCCAGUCUCCAACCAGCCUCUUCCAGAGCCAAAGCCAGGUCCCAAGAACAACUCAACAGCACAUGAAACAUACUAUCACGUGAACCAGGAUGUCCUGCUGAAUCAGCCUGCCACCCCAGAAUGGUUCUGUGGCCUGGAGAUAACAAUCUCCUACAGAAAGGUGGAGAUGUUGAAGACUCAGGUGUCCUGUCCCAGGGUUCAGCUCCACUACCAGUGUGAUUCCUUUGAGCCCAACGCCCAGACCGUUUGCUUCCCCAACACUGACAGGCUACUGGACCACAAACAGAUUGAAUACACCAAACGCAUCCUGGGGAGUGUUAAAAGGGGUCUUCUGCUAGAGGUACAAAGCACAGGCAUCUUUGGUUACAGGCAGGACAAAUGCCAUGUGUUUGCAAGUACUUGUGACCCCAGAGAGGUGCAUCCUGAACCCAGGAAGAUGCCACAAAAUGAAAUGGUACAACUGUUGAGCUUCCAAAAGUUUGAGAAUGAGCUGAUGGCGUUUAAGGAAAACAAGCGGGGCUCACCUGACUACACCAUCCAUAUGUGUUUUGGAGAGAAAUUCCCAGAUGGGAAACCCCUGGAGAAAAAACUAAUCUGUGUCAAGGUGGUCCCCCUGAUUUGUCGUCACUUCCAUGAGGUGGCACAGGGGGAGGGAGCAUCGUCCCUCCAUAACGAUAAUAUCAGCCUGCAGAUCUCAAACCACAACAGCCUGAUGGAGCUCAUCGCAGCCACCUGGCCUGAUGGCCCACAGUGCACAAUGGAGCAAUACUUGUAGACCACCAGCAAGCGGUACACCGUCACUAACCCUCCCUGUCUAGGGCUGGUACAACAUUCCAGACCCUCCCUGUCUAGGGCUGGUACAACAUCCCUUAUCCAAUAGCCUCUGUCUGUGUUACUUUACUCCGCCAGGACUGCCGUCUGAGGCUGCAUUUAGACAUUCUGAUAUUUUUCCACUUGUCUUUUGACCAAUCCGAACAAUUCCUAGACUGGUUUACUAUCAACAUUUCUGAUCAGUGAAAGAAUCUGGAUUGGGCUGCCGGUCAUACUUCUUCCAUUAGGAUAGUGUAUUUGUCUUUUAAGCAAACAGACUAUUAAACUGUUUGUGGGAUAAUUAUUUUGGUUAAAAAUCAAAUCACUAUCUUUGCCUGUCUGUAAUGAGUGUUCAUGUCUCAUUUAGUGAUAUUUUCUCUUCUACUGAAGAAUUCUCUUUCUGUCCCUAUGGGUCACAUUGUAAACCUGACUAGGUUACAAAAUUCUUCAGUCUGUUUUCUGUCUUACAUUUGUCGUAAAUGUUUUAUUUUAUUGUAACUAAUCUGUCAUUGAAAAGCACUUUAAAAUAAGACAAAUAAACACUGCUUGUUUGGUCAA